AAGUGUUUGAUUGAAGUACCACCAAACGAACGCACCCGAUGUUAUCUCGCGUUAAAACAGGCACUAGGCUCAUGCGACGCUUUAGUGGUGUGGCACCUUUCAGCUUCGGUGGACCUGCCUCUCUGUCGGACUCUCUCUCUGAUUGCAAGCUAUUCCCGCAGCUUCACGCCCGAACCAAACGGUCCUUCCAUCCUGCGGGAGACAAGAUGACGUGGCUGAAAGAGGACGUCUUCAGCCUGGUGCCCCACGCGGUACCAUACGUCUUUCUGACGGCGAUUAUAGGCCUAGUGAUCACGUGGUUCAUUAGGAGGAUGCAGAAAGUCGCCUUGAUUGAGAAGUUACCUGGACCGCCAGGUCUUCCUAUAUUGGGGAAUGCUCUCGAAGUCAAUGUUGAACCCAGAGAAUUAUUUCAAACGGUCAGUGGAUACGGAUACAUGUGGAGUUUGCGUGGGCCUUUUCUGCGUGUUUGGGCCGGAAUAACCCCACUUAUUCAGAUACUGAAGGGACCUCAGGCAGAGGUCAUCCUCAGUAGCAACAAACACAUUGACAAAAGUCGUGACUACACUUUCCUACACCCUUGGCUGGGGACAGGCCUCCUCACAGCUACAGGACCCAAAUGGCGCUCCAGGAGGAAGCUCCUGACUCCAGCCUUCCACUUCAAGAUCCUCGAGGACUUCGUGGAGGUCUUCAACAAGCAAAGCGACGUCAUGGUGCAGAAAUUAGAGAAGAAGGCUGAUGGUAAACAGUUUGACAUCUUCCCUUACGUAACUCUCUGCGCCUUGGACAUUAUUUGUGAGACUGCCAUGGGACGUUGCGUCCACGCCCAAGACAACAGUGACUCUGAUUAUGUCAAAGCAUUGUAUAGGAUUGGUGCAUUGGUCCAACAGCGCCAAGCUAGACCAUGGCUACAGCCAGAUAUCCUCUUCAAACUGCUAGGAUACGCGAAGGAGCACGAUGCCUGCCUGAAGGUCCUUCACGACAUGUCCUACAGCUGCAUCAAGGAGCGCAGGGUCCAGUUUCAGGAGAGGAAGCUGAGGAAGAAGAAACAAGAUGGCGGCAAUGAAGAUGAUGCAUUCGUUGGAAAAAAGGAACGCCUGGCCUUCCUGGACCUGUUGCUUGAAGCCGCUGAGACUGACCCUUCCAUCACGGACACUGACAUCCGAGAGGAGGUGGACACCUUUAUGUUCGAGGGUCAUGACACCACGGCCGCUGCCAUCAACUGGUCCUUGUACCUCCUGGGGACUCAUCCUGAGAUUCAGGCUCGCGUACACGAAGAACUCGACACAGUCUUUGGUGACGAAGAUCGUCCGGUCACCAUGAGCGACCUCAGGGAGCUGAAGACGACAGAGAACUGCAUCAAGGAAGCCCUCCGACUAUUCCCUUCGGUGCCUUUUAUCGGGAGGGAACUGACAGAGGAGGUGGUCAUUGACAACUACCGCAUCCCCAAGGGCACGACCAUCAUGAUAGUGCCCUUCCGAAUUCACCGCGACCCCGAACAGUUCCCCCGCCCGGAGGUAUUCGACCCAGACCGCUUUCUGGCUGAGAACUGCAAGGACCGACAUCCGUAUGCGUACGUUCCCUUCAGCGCUGGACCCAGAAACUGCAUUGGUCAGAAAUUCGCCCUGCUGGAGGAGAAGCUCCUCCUCUGCAGCAUCCUGAGGAAGUUCAAGGUUGAGAGUGACAUCAGGAGAGAGGACCUGAAGCUCCUGGGUGAACUUAUUCUCAGACCCGAAGAUGGCAACUUCGUGAAGCUCACGCCGAGGAGGAAAUGAAGAGGAGAUGGUAUAGUAGAUUCACAUCAACCGCUCAUCUGAUGUCUGGGCCAGUCCCUUACGGCGCUCCUGAUUGGCUGUUGAUAAGCCAAUCACAUGGCUGGAAACUCUCAGUCUCUCGAGAGAUUCACAUAGGCAGGAUGUAUGUUCCAACUCUCCUGCGGGAUACUUUUGAAAGCCGUAUCCCUGCCUAUGUGAACUCUCGAGAAAGACUAAGAGUUUCCAGCCUGUGAUUGGCUUAUCAUCAGCCAAUCAGGAGCGUCGUAAGGAACUGGCCUAGACAUCAGAUGCACGGUUGAUGUGAAUUUACUAUAGUAUUGUUAGGCUUACCCUGAGAGAGAUGUAAGCUAGAGGUUCCUAUGUUCAUUGCCCUAAAAAUAUAUAUUAAAUUUUUGACAUUUUAAGUACCACAAUGACGAUUUAAAUUUAAAUUCUCAAAUGUUUUUGCUCUGGGGAACAGACUAAUUAAAAUUUGCAACAUUAAUAAGUACCCGAAGAGGAUACAAGCUUGAAAUCACCAUUUAAAUAAAAUAUAUUAUCAACAGAA